GCAAACCGAGAGAAGAAGGAAGGAGCUUGAGCUUCACCACCUCAAACCACCACCCUCACCUCCCACUCCCACUCCCACUCUCUCUCUACUCUCUCUCCUCACCUCCCCCACUCUUCGGUUCAUGUCCUGCUGCUCCCCAUGUCGCCCCCACUCGAGCUCGACUACAUAGGCCUCUCGCCGCCGGUGCCCGCCGCCGCCGCCGCCGCAGAUGGUGACAACGACCUCAAGGGCACCGAGCUCCGCCUCGGCCUGCCCGGCUCCCAGUCGCCGGGCCGCCCGCCCGUCGCCGCCACGCUUGAGCUCCUCCCUGCUGCCAAGGGCGCCAAGCGCGGGUUCUCCGACGAGGCGCGUCCGCUGCCGCCGUCCGCCGCCGCCGCUGCCGAGAAGGGCAAGAAGGUGGCCGACGAGGAGGAUGACGGGGAGGAGGAGGAGGACAAGAAGGUCGCCGCCGCGCCGCAGGCUCCGGCUGCCAAGGCUCAGGUGGUUGGAUGGCCACCAAUUCGCAGCUACCGCAAGAACACGAUGGCUACCAACCAGCUGAAGAACAGCAAGGAGGAUGCGGAGGCCAAGCAGGGCCAGGGGUUCCUGUACGUCAAGGUCAGCAUGGAUGGUGCACCGUACCUCAGGAAGGUCGACCUCAAGACCUACAAGAACUACAAGGACCUGUCAACUGCGCUCGAGAAGAUGUUCAUAGGCUUCACAACUGGCAAGGAUGGCUUAUCUGAGGGCCGCAAGGAUGGCGAAUAUGUGCUGACUUAUGAAGACAAGGAUGGAGACUGGAUGCUUGUUGGCGAUGUCCCAUGGGAGAUGUUUGCCAACUCUUGUCGCAGACUCAGGAUCAUGAAAGGUUCAGAUGCCAUUGGACUUGCUCCAAGGGCAGUUGAUAAGUCCAAAAACCGCAACUAGAAUGGUUUCUACCCCACAGUCACAAGCAAGUUGGAGAUCAAAUGACUGUAGGGCUUUUCUGAAAACCAAGAACGUCUAACAAUUUUAAGAUGGAGUCUGCCUUAUGGUCUGUACUACAUGGUUUGUUAUUGUGAAAGUAAAAAAAAAAAGGGUGUCGUAUUAUGUUAGCUUCGCAGAUCUCCUAGGGACAUAAACUCUAUUUGAUUGUGCCCAAGUCUUUGUACGUGUGUUAAUGCUAUUCGUGUAAAUGGUUUGGUACACCAUGUGCUACUGCUAUGAUUGAGCACUCCUACCUACUUUGCAAAAUGUUGUCAAUGAACUGUUUGUUCGUCUACAUAAAUGUUCAAUGAAGCUUGCAAAUGUAUUGUCCA